AUGUACACCCUCCCCGACCCUUACCCACACCCUCCCCGACCCUUACCCUCCCCCACCCUUACCCACACCCUCCCCCACCCUUACCCACACCCUCCCCACCCUUACCCACACCCUCCCCUUACCCACACCCUCCCCGACCCUUACCCACACCCUCCCCGACCCUUACCCACACCCUCCCCGACCCUUACCUACACCCUCCCCGACCCUUACCUACACCCUCCCCGACCCUUACCCACACCCUCCCGACCCCUCCCGACCCUUACCUACACCCUCCCCGACCCUUACCUACACCCUCACCUACACCCUCCCCACCCUUACCUACAUCCUCCCCCACCCUUACCUACACCCUCACCUACACCCUUACCCACACCCUCCCCGACCCUUACCCACACCCUCCCCGACCCUUACCUACACCCUCACCCACCCUUACCUACACCCUCCUCUACCCUUACCUACACCCUCCCCCACCCUUACCUACACCCUCCCCACCCUUACCUACACCCCCCCACCCUUACCUACACCCUCCCCGACCCUUACCUACACCCUCCCCGACCCUUACCUAUACCCUCCCCGACCCUUACCUACACCCUCCCAUGCAGAUAG